AUGGCGAUGGCCGUGGGGCGAUCGUCGGCCCAUCAUUUCGACUCUUCUCCCGUCCAUCGAAUUGCUAACACAAGAAUCUACACCCCACCGGCCCAAACGCAACCCGGUCCCUCCCAAAUCCCUCCUCGCUUCCACCAAUUCCACGGGGAGAAUAUUGUACUGUUCGAGGAUCGAAGGAGGGCCCUCAGGAGUGCCAGCUAUGAAAAGGCGCUAGUAUUCUCGGAUCGUCCACUGGGCCCCGAGGAGCCGUUCUGCGUGUCGAUCGAGAGCAUCGAGAGCGGAUGGACUGGCCAUUUGAGGGUCGGGUUGACGACGGCUGAUCCGGAUCAUCAUCCAAAUACUCGUGACCUGCUGGGGUGCUCGUGGAUGGUGCCAAUCUCGCCGUUCUCAUGCCAGGACAGCACAUCAUCAAUCGCCCCCUCAUCCCUUCCAACGGAUAUUGGCAGCCGGAUCGGCAUCUACUAUACGCCGUUGCCCAGUGAUCCCAUGAGGGCUAGCCUGUCAAUCUUCCUGAACGGCGUCGUCGUCUCCCCGGACAUCUCUCCAAUCCCCCUCGACAAGCCCCUCUAUGCUGUCGUUGAUGUGUUCGGCAAGACCAAGGAGGUGCGAACGGCCAACCAGAGCUACGUCCCCUUCCGCCUCUCCGAAUUGUGCACGCGGCGCGUACGGGAAUUGGUCGCUGGUGGAGACACGAAUCUGACGUCUCGCCUUCCUCCGGUCAUCCGAAAUGCUCUCUUCCCUCCGUCAUCAAUAUCCACCCCUUCCACUUCCUCCUCAUCUUCAUCUACAAUCCGUCGUCUCCACCCAUCAUCACCAGCCUCCAAUUUUCGA